ACACAUCGUACAAUCCAAACACAAAACAAGCUUUGCCGCAUGCUACUUUCCUAACUCUCUUUACUCUCUCUCCUCCGUUUCUCUCUCACUUUCUCUUCGAUUUCUAAUUCAAUCUCUGCAAUUCAUUCUGCGUGCGUGUGUGGAUUGUAAUGGCUGCUGCGAGGGUUGAGCGUGGCGAUCUAUGGAAGAGCAAGGCAUUAUCGGUACAGCUCCGGCUCAGGCAGCGGUUCAGGGUGGAGGUGGAUCGCCGCCUCCGUCACCACCCCAUUUUUUCCAACGAUGGUUACUUCUCCUCCACGUUCCAGCGCUGGCUCCAGCGCUUUCGCGACUUCCGCCGUGACUCCCUCCCUUCUUCCACCACCUUCUAUCUCAAACGAGUGGGUAAGGAAUUCAAUGCUGAAGAAGAAUCAAUCAUUCUACGCAUGCUUCAAGCUGUGGCUGUUCCGGUCAUUGGCAAUGUUUGUCAUGUGUUUAUGAAUGGAUUGAAUCAGGUUCAGGUGUAUGGUGUAGAAAAAUUACAUGAUGCCGUGCUACGCAGACCCAAGGGAAAGCCUCUUAUAACGGUGAGCAAUCAUGUUGCUUCUAUGGAUGACCCGCUUGUCCUCUCCACAUUACUUCCUCGACAUGUUCUUCUGGAUGUUCAGAACUUGAGGUGGACACUUUGCGCGUCUGAUCGUUGUUUUUCAAAUCCUGUAACUUCAGCAUUUUUCCGAUCUGUCAAAGUGCUGCCAGUUUCUCGUGGUGAUGGGAUUUAUCAAAAGGGAAUGGACUUGGCUAUUUCAAAGUUGAAUCAAGGUGGUUGGGUUCACAUCUUCCCAGAAGGUAGUCGUUCUCGAGAUGGUGGAAAAACCAUUGGGUCUUCCAAGAGAGGUGUUGGGAGGUUGGUCCUUGACGCUGACAAUAUUCCCAUGGUUGUUCCAUUUGUGCAUAGUGGGAUGCAGGACAUCAUGCCUAUCGGUGCUAGCAUCCCAAGGAUUGGUAAUACAGUGACGGUAGUUAUUGGCGAUCCAAUCUACUUUGAUGAUUUGUUGAAUUCUGAAGGAGCUAAGCAUGUAUCAAGAGGAAAGUUGUACGAUGCAGUAUCUUCAAGGAUUGGUCAUAGACUACGCGAACUGAAAGUUCAGGUCGACAAGUUGGCUCAAGUGACUCAGCCACAAAAUCUUCCUGUGCAGGACACAGACCGAGCUACAGUGAUUCUGCAGCAGGUUGAUUGGGAAUCAUUCGGAAUGGGGAACCUUACAUAUUCCGAAGAUGAUGGUUCAGCGGUGCAAGAAACUGAGAUCCAACUAGCUGCUCCUCCCUAUACAGAAGAACCCCAGUCUGCUGAUUGGAGUUACAGAGUGGGUUUCUCUCGUGAAGGUGGCAUUGCAUCACGGAUGCGUUGUUUCAUGGACCAGAGUGAGUUUAUGGGUUUCGCAGCCAGAGGCAUAUUUAUGAACCGUAGAGCCGAAGAACCCUCUCCGAGCGGUAGAGGGGUUGCCCCCUUGAAGGCGUGGAGACGAUACUUGGAGGCCAAUGUAUUACCACAAUGGAAUUAGAUCUAACAUAAAUAUAGCAGAGGCUUAUGUAAAUUAAAAUUUUGGUGUUCAUCAUAUAUGAACUGAAAUUUUGGUUGAGAUUUUUCCUUUUAUUUUAAUGUAUAGACGGAAGAUUCUAUGAUAAUUUUACUUGACCUCCGUUUUCUGAU